AUGAUUCCCGAAGCCGACCUCGAGAUAUCAGCCCGAAUAUCAUUGACAGCUUUGCAAAUUUGGUGGCUGGGUACCCCAGACCUGAAAGACGCAAUUAAACAGCAUCACAAACUCGAUCCUGGGAUUGCAUCACUAGUGCUGGCCUGUCAACGUCUCAGGAAGAAUGGAUACAGAAAGGGACGGAUCCCUCUAACCCAGAACAGCAUUUUAAAUCGACAUGUGCAAGCCAUGGUGGAUGACCUCACCGAAGACACGCUCAAAAUAUUUGGCCUUCUCACCUGUCACUUCAACGAAGAUUUUGGAGUGCCUCUCCCCCGUCAGCUUCUUCGAUUCUUCGAUACCCCCUGGAAGCUUCUCGGCGAUGUUUGCAUUGGCAUCCACCCCAGAUACACGACAAUGGUCAAAUCGGAGUCAAUCAAGAGCUUUAAGAGAAAGUUUAUCAUCCUACUAGGGCUUGUGGAAUAUUAUGUGGUUAGGGGGAAAUGGGUUCUGUGUAUCUAA